UAUUCUUGAUAAGACGAUAAGCCAACGUGGCACAAAUCCCUCCCAUCUCCAUUCAUCACUUAACUACAACACUCUCUCUUUCCCCAAACUUCCCUUCCCCUCCAAAAAAAUCAAUGGCUUCUCCAACUCUAAUCACCCCUUCCACAUCCACCCCAACAAAACCCCUCAUAACCCCUAUCCGCUCAAAACUCAUCUCCACAGUCAAUGUCGCCACGUCAUCCUCACCCCCCGCCACGCGCCGCCGCGAGUUCCUCUCACUCGCCGCCGCCGGACUCACGUUUCUCGUCCCUGCCACGUCAGCAUUCGCUGCUAGUGACGAGGAGUACGUUCGAGAAGCUUCGGAAGUGAUUAAGAAGGUGAGAUCAACGCUAAGCAUGGAGAAAACUGAUCCUAAUAUAGCUGAUAGUGUGGCUGAGUUGAGAGAAGCGUCCAAUUAUUGGGUUGCUAAGUAUAGGAGAGAGAAGGCUUUAUUGGGCCGGGCUUCUUUCCGUGAUAUUUACUCGGCCCUUAAUGCUGUUUCGGGCCAUUAUGUGAGUUUUGGGCCCACUACGCCAAUUCCGGCUAAGAGAAAGCAGAGAAUCUUGGAAGAAAUGGAAACUGCUGAGAAGGCUUUGCAAAGGGGAAGAUAAAAGAGAGAGACGUUUGUUCUACCGGUAGAUGUUUGCCAGUAUUUUUUGGUAUAAAUUUAAAAUUUCUAUAUUUAUUUUCUGACUAUGAAAAUGAAUUACUGUAAGAAUGAGCAUAAUUUGCUUUCGAGGGAGUUGGAUUUAAGUCUUA